CUGGGGGAGGUGGGGAAGAGACCGGAAAAGGCCCUGGAAGGCCGAGUAGGUAGCUCUCUGUGCUGGCUGUCCAGGUCGAGGGCGGGGCAGGAAUCCUGGCUCUUUGGGUGACUCCGGCAAGUCACUUAACACCUUCGGUGCCUCAGUGACCUCAUCUGUAAGAACAGAAGACCCCCCCAAACCACGAGGCCGGUGGACUAGGAAGGUCAUCAGUGGGCAACCCCUUCGCCUCUGGUACUUACUACGUGGGUCCUGAGCAUUCUUCCAGGGAGGCUGGAGAGAUGGCAGAUCUACACCCUGAGAGAAAAAAGAGAGACCUGCCUCCGUGGAUGACAGCCCAGGUGGCUGAGAAGAAAUCAGUGCCGAUGUGGAGGCCGGCCAAGAGGAGGAAAGCCGCAGUGCAGACGGCAAAUUCAUCAUUGAGUCUUCCCCCUAUACGGACUGUGUACUUCAUGAAUGAAGCCGAAUUGGUGGAUGUUGCUCUGGGUAUCCUGGUUGAGUGCCAUAAACAGGAAAAGCCUUUGGAGCACACAUUGCUGCUGGGGACUGAUAAGGACCAAACCACCCAGGCUGGGUUCCCCUGGGCUUCAGAGAGCAGUGGUGAUGGAGAGGAGGAGAUGAAUGAUGCCCCUCGGACAAGGCCCUCAGGCAAGCAGGAGGAGUCAGCCUCUGGCCACAAGAAGAACUCAGAAGUUGAAGAGGAUGAGGAUGCAUUAAAAUAUGUGAGGGAGAUCUUUUUCAGUUGAGAAGAGAGAUGAAGAAUUCAGAGAACAUUUUGCUUUGAGUAUGUUGGGAUGCUUCCUUGUCUCUAGUUGCUAUGUUUAACCAACAGGGAAUGCAGUGCUGCACCCUGUGUCUCCCCAUGUAUCCUUUAGCCUUGGGCAGUGAAAUCACAGCAGUCCGAGCUGGUACAGAAUUAAUGGUGUAGUAGUGAGCGCUUGAGUCUGUGGCCAGGAAAGUCCUCACAGUUGUUAUGGUCUAUCUACUUCAGUGUUAAGCAUCUUAGGUCUGUGGCUCUGGAGACUCUGUGGUCAGUUUAUCCAGAGGGUAAGCACAUUCUGGAAAAACUGACUCACACCAGUCAAGAGCAUACAAGACUAAUUAAUAUGUACCAGAGAAGAAUUUAUAAUGGACAGUGAAGAAGGGGACAGUUAUGUGUUGUCGUGAAAAUUUCUAAGUCCAAAGAAGAAAAGAAAUAGUAAAGUCUCUAAGCCGUAGAAAAUAGGUUUAUUGAGAGAGGGUACCUGUCUCACAAUAAAGCCGGUCUUAGGUCUAAGACCCAAAUACCCGGAGUACAGGGAUCUCAGUGGUUUUAUACUCCUACAGGCUCCUCCCAUUGUACGCUCAGAGCAUAUCCCAAAUUGUACAGAAAGAAUACAUUGAAACAUGGUUACCAAUAAGCAAAUCAUACACAUGAGCAUUCAGUGGCAUGGACAGGAUCACCAAAUGUGACUGGCACUCAGCCAGCUUACUGAUCUGGCCCAGACUAUGUCACAUAUUGUGUCACAGAAUGCUGUGGUCCUGAGUCUCAAUGCUGAUUGGUCCCUUCAGCUUAGAAGACUAUUUCUAGUAUUGUGGUUAACCACAAUGCACCUUUUUAAAAAGAGACAUUACAACUAAGCUGGUUUGACUUGGAAGAAUUGAUUUGGAGACCCUAUCUUUGGCUAAAAGUAGAAAGCCUCGGGUGCGCCCCACCUGGCUCCCUUCACUCAGUGGAGGUAUGCACGAAAACCCCAAGCCCCAGGUGUGCCUCACACGGAAACCCUGUGCCUCAGCUGGCCUUGGGUGUGACCCUAGGGGUGCCAAUGAAUUAGCUUGGGGUAUGUGGUUGGUCGGUCUGAGUUUCCUGUGAGAGAAGGUUUUUUAUUCUGGAGUGGGGGUAGAGAAAGGGGAGCGAACGACAGAGAGAGAGAGGGGAACGAGCAACAGAGAUGGAGGGAGGAGAGGACUAGAAGAGAGAGAGAGGAGAGUUCAAGGUGGCAGGUGAGAAAGUUAAACUCGGAUGCACAGCGGGAUAGAGAAAAUUAAAGACAAAGCAGUUGAGUCAGGUGGCAGAGGUUAAAAGUUGUAUUUCCUGCUUUUCUUUGUCCUUAUUUCUAAAUUUGUUCCACAUCAAUAAACCCUGUUGUGUAUACUACUUUUGUAGUUGAGGCCAAACUAUAAGCUCUGAGUCUGAUCCAUAUACCCAAAGGGGGCUUUCCUGCAGGGAAAAUAAUAAAAUAUGGACUAUCCAGCACAGUUUGGGUGAGAUUUUCCCCACCCGUUAGAUAUAAGUGAUUUAACUGUGGUAAAAUCCGUAUUAUAUGAGAUAAAUGGUGAUUAUGUAUUCUUUAGUCUCUUUAGUUAGUCAGUGUGGAUAUUAUAUCAUUUGUUCUUUAUGUGUUCUGAAUAUUCUUUAGUAGCUUAAGCUAAUGUAGUACUUGUAAACUUGUCUCUUGACCACUGUCUCUCUCCAUUGUGGUUACAUGUUCUAACAAGAGUCUGGAUCCCCCAGGUUCGUUAAGCCCUGUACGGGCCCCCAAUCUGUAAGGGCCAAAUUUAAUAUGGGAAGAGUUCAUUGAGAGGCCAGCUGCAAUACUGGGACUCAGAAAACAACAGGGGACCUCUAGGUCCCAAGCCUCCUCUCUUCCACACUGCCCCCUCUCUAACUGCUUCUCCCAGACUGAUGAGAAACGAGAUUAAAAAGCCUCCUUUCGACAAAAGAAAAAAAACACAACAGGGUUUAUUGAUGUGGAACAAAUUUAGAAAUAAGGACAAAGAAAAGCAGUACUGAAUUUGGAGUUGGGACUGGGUUCAGAUUCUGACUCUGCCACUGAGGGUAACCUGUAUGACUAAGCAAGUGCCUUCUUCACCUUUGGAUCUUCAGUUUUCUUAUUGUAAAAUGAGGGGAUUUGACUAGAUGGCCUCUGAGGUGUUUCCAGCUCUCCAUUGCUGGCCCUUUGACUAGAAAGUUUAUAAGGUUCCUUUCAGCUUAAAUCUAUGAAAGAGUUCAGGUGUUUUCUGUGCCCUGGGCAAAGCCCCUGCUGCCACAUCCUGGUUAUUUCUCUUUGUUACCCAAGUUGCUGCAUUGGUUUUGAAGCAGAGCAUGGCAUUUUAUGUUCUAAAGCCGGGCUUUCAAAUGUGAUGUAAAUUUGUCAUCUCUUUGCGGGAAGAUGAUUCUGAGUUGAUGUACUGUUUUUGGUUUGUUUUUUAAGUUAUGUCUCAUCUACCCCAGAUCUGUGGCAUUGCCCCAGACUACCUGUCCUAGUCAUCCAAAAAAAUUCAAAAAUUAUACAUGCUGGGAAAUGUGCAGCAAAAAAUAAGUCUCCCAAGCCUCCAGAAAAGCCAGCAGUUUAUUUGGUAUCAUAUUUUCGGGUUCAGUGCUCCCUUCCAGCCUGUGUCAGUUGUUAAAAUGAUGCCAUUUGUAAAAAUGUUCUGUUGGUGUUGAAUGGAAGCUUCAUUGGGGUGCUGUUCUGAAUACGUGAAAUGAAAGCAUAAGAAAAGAGUGUGAGGUGACCAUCUCUCGAAAUCUAUAAACAUUGCUUUGCAGUGCAUCAGGAAGGGAUACCAAGAGUGAAUUGGUGAAAAAAAAACCUUAAAUUCCCUUCCUGAUAUUAUGUAUGUUUCUUAAAAAUCAAAACAGGAUAAAAAAGGUAAUGUGAGAUUAAAUCGGUUAAGAAAAAGAACUGAAACAUUCCCUCAGUAAUUUUGGUCAUUUUAAAAAAAGUGAUGUUUCACUAAGACAAGGAGUUAGUUGACUUUUUAGUUGUUGAUGACUUCAGGUCUUUCAGAAUCACAACGUAGCAGAAAGAGCACUAGAUUUGUUAUCAGGGUGAUCUGAAUUCUAAAGUCCAGGCUCUGUUACCUGUUAGCUGUAUGUGACCUUUGAACAAGAAACUUUGCUUUUUUUGAUUCUUAGUUUCUAGGUCUAUAAAAUGGGUAUGAUUUGUACCACCAACCUCACAGGAUUUUUUCUUGGAAAACACUGUGAAUCACUAAGACCUAUAUCACUGUGAGUAAUUGCUAUUUUUACUGCAGACAUCUGUUAUUUUGGCUGAUGCACUUGUUCCAGAAGUGCUGACCACACCUCUCAGUUUUAGUAAACAAUCUUGAUGAGUUGCUAUAGUUGGAAAAGUCAUCAUCUGAUGGCCAAUUCCAUAGGCUUUCUUUUGAAGUCUCUGGAUUCAGGCUGGUCCUGGGAAAGCAGAGAGAAUGCAUUGAAUCCAUCACCAAGUCCUCUUGAAAGCCUUUCUCAUGUGGUAGAAUCCUAGAACUUGUCAUACACUGGUUCAGUUUUCAGAAAUCCAUUGUUGUCCCUGCACUAUGAUGAGAUAUUGGAGUAGGACAUUGGGAGAGGAAAAUGGAGGAUAGGGCUCCUGGAAUUCAUUUGCAUAGAGAAUACAGGUGAGGAAACUCUCUUCCAAGGCAGUUUGGCGCUUUCUCUGUACCUCAGAGACUUGCCUAAAGCCCAGAGGUCACAUAGCCAUUAUAAGUCAGCCUGGAAAGCUGGACGUGAACUCUGGCCUCCCUAGUUCCAAAGCUCUCCCUCUCUCUCCAUCUCGUUACACUGAAUCCCAGUUGUUUUUCUUUUAGACUCCGUGGGCCCCGUGGGAGGGAAUAAUGGAGGUGCAUAACUAGGUGGGGCAGUUCAUCCUGAGUCAGUGCAGAGUUGAAAGGGAGGAAGAUCACUUCCUCAUGUUCCCUCCAGGGUUCAUUGAAGGAGGAGGCUGCCUUAUACUCUGCUGCUUCUGUGGCUCCGUAGUCUUAAUCAAUAGGAGUGAUAUCUCCACAGGUGCAAAUAGAAGCCCAGGCAUGUCUUCUCAACUGAUUCCAAUUCAGAUAAAAGGAAGAUAAACCCUCCUUUGGUUCUUUGGAUAUUUCACAGAUACUGGGGCCACACAGAAAUUUCUUAACCUUUUGUUAUUCCUCAUUUUUGUUACAGGACUGGCUCUUCUCUUUUUCUGGCCAUACAUGGCCUUGGUUAUAUUUUUUACAUUGCUUCAUGCAUGGAAAUCAUUAUUGCUGUUCUCUGUUCCCAUGAUCCAGAGGCCUGACUAGGUGAAAAUUCUUUUGCCUCCUCCCAUACUCUAAUCCCCAUUUAUUUUAACACUCUCUCUCCUCAGUUCCUAUCCUUCUCUUUCUUUUCCUUCCAGUGUGCUCUCUGGAAUUCCCACUUAGAAUCAAUUUUUAUUUAUAUCUUUAUAAGGAGGAUUUAUAUUUAUAUAUUUUGCUUUUACAUCACUUACAUUUUACUGUGGUCUUCUCUGUACCUCCUCCCAGAGAGCCAUUCCUGGUAAUGAAGAAAAAACCUAAAUAUCAAGAAGUUGGACAUUAUAUAAAAUAUUAACAUCUUGUAAUAAUAUCUCAGGAACUUUCAAAAAAUAAAUUUUCAUAU